AAUGUAGAUAAUUAGCUAUAAAUGCAAGUUUCGAUAUCAAAUAUCAAUAAUAAAUACCAAUAAAUAAAUAAUAAUAAUAUUGUAGUCACGGAAAUAAUAAUAAUAAUACUAACAAUAAUAAAGUUCGUUGAAUAUAGGAAUAUAGGAAUACAAUUUACACGUACAAUUUCAAACCGAAAUAACUCUAAUAGGUUCAGCGCAGCGUUGUUAUGAAUUAAUCACUUAGGACGGUCUCGUUAAUAUAUACAGAUAAUCAUACUAUAAUAUGGAAAACAAUAUUUAGCAUUUUGUCAGUCACCAUUAUAAGUAGUAUUUAAUUGGUGAGAAAAUAACAAUAAAUGUUAAAUGCUAAGUGCAAGUAUAAAAUCAAUAAACUAUUAAAAUAUUAAAUUAUAAACACAUUGACCAUUGAUAUAAUGGUAUGAUAGUAUUUUUCAUAUUUUACACAAUUUAAAUAAAAUAAAAAAACUAUUUUUACAGUAGUUUUGUAUUAUUUUAUACUGUUGAAUUUGCGUUAAAAUAAAGUUGUUCACACAUUUGUAAACAUAAUAUACUGUCAUUCCAGCUAUUCCCCAAGUCAAUGAUCUGUAGACCUUACUAAGUUUUAAUUGAGCUUCCGUAAAACGUUUUCAUGCCAGUUGUAUACUAUCCAUUCAGAUUUAACUAGAUUCAGAAUCCCCUCCUACCAGCAGGUAGUCGUCUUAUCGUUGGAUCAUUAUCUUGUAAUGCGUUCUAAGUAAAUAUAAACAACGCCACUUAUCACCGGAAGAAUAUAAUAUAAUAUUAUGUACCUACAAAAAAUGAAUUCUAAACCAGCAUCAUCAUGCAUUAAAAAGGUAAAUAAAGUAAAUAAAGUAGGUACAUACUCGUCACGUAUACAUAGCGCAUCAAGUGGUGUAAUCGAAAAUUUCUCAGCUAUGGAUAUAAAACAAUAAUUAUAAUAUAAUUUAUAGAUCAACUUUCAUAAAUACCUAAUACAUUAUACAUUUUAUCACUAAUCGCUAUACAUAAUUUCACUUUAAAGUUAACAACGAACCAUAUGAAAAUUGACACCAAAAGCUCUGAUUCCCACUCAGUGAUUAUCAAAUAUUUAAAAAACAAAAAUUUAGAAUUGCACACUUACAAAAAGUUAUAAUUUCAAGUAAAGCGAUCAUAUCGUAUAGUUAUAUACAAUUAUGCUUUCUUCUUCAUAUGUGAUUAAAUGCCAUCUUUAAAAAAAAUGUUAUUAAUAUAAUAUGUAUCUAGUUUCAAACAGUUUUUUAACAUAAAAAUAUAUUAAUUAAUUGUAAUUAUAGGCUUUUAAGUAAGUAGAUAGGUAUACUUAACAAUUCCAAAAAUCAAUUUUUUGAAUAAAUGCAUAACUAAAGGAAAAUUGGUAAUGAGGCGAGAAUAAUUUGUUCAUAUGAAAUCAGCCUCAAUUAUUAUUAUAUUACUCUGAAUGAUGAAAACCUAAUGAUUAGAUACCUACUUCAAAUAACUCUGAAGGUUAUAAGAGGUUGAAAAUAUCAGUGGGUCUGUGAGUUAUACUUUCAGUUAGCUACUUGACAAUCGGCGUGCAUUGCAAAUGAAAUAUUUUUUAUCAGCGUGCGUGUAUCUAUACUAAUAAUUUAUUGUAAUCUAAAUAAUAUUUAUUUUUUUAUUACUUUUUUCAAGGAAUACAAUAUAAGAAUAAUAAAUAUUAGGUUCACGUGAUUAUUAAAUAAGUUAUCAUCAGAAAUCACAAUACGAAUUACACAACCAUACUAUAUACAUUAUGUACAAAGAAAUUCCGAAGGCAGAUAGUAAAGUCGAACGUUCUCAAAACCCAAGAUAUAAUGCAAACAUUUUUGAAAUCAUCACAUAUAGCUGGAUGUCAAACCUAUUAAAAAUAGGACGGCACAAGGAUUUAAAAGAAAUAGAUUUGUAUACGACAUUAGACGAUCACAUAUCAUCAUCAUUAGGCGAUCAAUUAGAAAAGACAUGGAGAUCGGAGUUAAACCAUGCACAUUUAGCGAAUCGAAAGCCGACAUUGUUAAGAGCUUUGAUCCGAAUGUUUGGUGCCAAAUAUAUGUUUCUAGGAAUCGUAAUUUGCAUACUAGAAAUUAUUUUCAAAAUAUCUCAACCUAUAUUACUUGGUGAACUAUUGGAAUAUUUCAAUCCCGAUAAUCCCAAAUACUCUGAUAUAAGAUAUGCAUAUAUAUGCGCGUCUAGUUUAUUAAUCAGCUUAUUUAUAACAACGGUCAUAAGCUAUUCAACGGAACAAGAAAUCUUGAACCAAGCGAUGAAGACGCGAGUUGCAUGUUCUUCUCUAAUUUACAGAAAGGUAUCAUUUCUAACUACUAAUACUCUUAAUGAAACCAAUGUCGGUCAAAUUUUAAAUUUGAUAUCGAAUGACGUAAAUCAAUUCGACAUGGUCUUACCAAAAUUACAUUAUUUAUGGAUUGGACCUCUGCAAACGAUAGUGGUUACAUAUUUAUUGUGGCAAGAAAUUGGCGUGUCAUCAUUAAUUGGAAUAGCUACUCUUUUUUUUUUUAUUCCGUUACAAGGUUGGAUGGGGAAAAAAAUGUCUUAUAUCCAUUUAAAGACGGCUAAGAAGGCCGAUGAGAGAAUAUGUCUAAUGAAUGAAAUCAUUUCGGGAAUACAAGUGAUCAAAAUGUAUACGUGGGAAAAACCUUUUAGUAAACUUAUAGAAUAUUUAAGAAAAAUGGAGGUUAAACAAAUUGAGAGAUCGAUAUUUAUUGGAUUUAUUUAUUUAUCGUUCAAAGUAUUUCAAACAAGAUUUCAAUUAUUUGUCAGUAUCAUAUUGUAUAUCUUAGUUGGAAAUCACAUAUCUGUGCGCAAAGUUUAUGUUCUGACAUCGAUAUACAAUGUGUUGUAUGUGACAAUGGUAGUACUGUUCAGUUUUAGUUUGUUGCAAAUUGGUGAAUUGAUUAUAUCCAUAAAUCGUAUCGAGAACUUUUUAUUACUCGGAGAAAAUGAUCAAAUAUCAAAAUGUUUUUCGAAAUCUGACACAUUAGUGGAAAAUGAUAUUAUUCAAUCACUUAUUGUUGAUGACGAUAUUACAAAAAACUGUAAGGAUUUUGAAAAUAACACUAAACUUGAUGAUGAUUUAAGUAUAGUUAUUUUAAAUGCUACUGCGAAAUGGGCAGACGAUCAAAAUAGUAACACAUUAGAAAAAAUUAACUUAACUGCAAGAACUGGCCGAUUAGUUGCAGUUGUUGGAUCAGUAGGAGCUGGAAAGAGUUCAUUAAUACACGCAAUUUUACGGGAAUUACCUUUAUGCGAAGGUAGAAUUUCUGUACGAGGUGUUGUGUCUUAUGCACCUCAGGAUCCAUGGAUAUUUUCUGGGACUCUUCGACAGAAUAUUCUAUUUGGAUCACCUAUGGACAAAGAACGUUUUAAACAAGUUAUUCAUGUAUGUGCACUAAAAAGCGAUUUUGAACAAUUUCCACUUGGUGAUGAGACGAUAGUGGGAGAAAGAGGAAUAACCUUAAGUGGAGGACAAAGAGCUAGAAUUAAUUUAGCGAGAGCGGUGUACAAACAAGCAGAUAUUUACUUACUGGAUGAUCCACUUUCAGCUGUGGAUGUUAGAGUUGGCAAGCAUUUAUUUGAAAAAUGCAUUUUAGAUUACCUAAAAGCAAAAACAUGUAUUCUCAUUACACACCAAGUCCAAUAUUUAUCUGAUGUUGAUCAAAUUGUUCUAAUGAAUAAUGGUAAAAUAAUAACUGAAGGAUCUUAUAAAAAUCUAAAAGAUUCCAGUUUUGACAUUGAAAAUUUACUUGGAUCUCCAGAAGGUAGAAAUAUUGAAAAUGAAAUUGAAACUAAUAAUAUGAAGAAUAAAAGUGCCGAUUCACGCUUGGUUUCAUCUUUGCACGGAUCCAACAACAGCAUUAUAUCGUCUAAAUAUGAAAAUCAAAUUAGUGAUGAUCAAUCUCCAAAACCUAAUAAAAUAUCGUCCCUCCAGUCUUAUGAAUAUAAUUCCAAAAAUAUAUUUAUAUCAUACAUUACGUCUGGUGGAAGUAGGCUUAACAUUUUGUUAAGUAUUAUUAUGUGCAUUUUUACUCAAGUACUAACUACUAGUGGAGAUUUUUGGCUUAGCAUUUGGGUAAAUCACGAAGUAUAUGAGUAUCAAAAAUUAUUGAAUACAUCUUACAUCAAUAAUACGUCAGUGUCUCUGGAUUCAAAUAGUGCAUCAUUGUUGUUAUCUAAUUACCAGCGAUUUUAUGUUACGAUUUAUGUCAUAUUAAUAGUCUCCCUGAUAGUAACAGCUAUCAUCAGGUCUGCUAUAUUUGUCAAAAUGACUACGAAAGCUUCAAUAAAUUUACACAAUCAAAUGUUUAAUUCCAUUAUAAGAACUACCAUGUAUUUUUUCAAUACAAAUUCUACCGGGCAGAUAUUGAAUCGUUUUUCUAAAGACAUGGGCGCUGUAGAUAAAAUCUUACCACAUAUUUUGUUGGAUACCAUUCAAAAUGGUUUGUUUAUUUUGGGAACUGUAUUUAUUGUUGCAUUUACUAAUAUCUAUCUUUUAAUACCGACAUUUAUCGUGGGUAUAAUCAUUUACAAACUCAGAUACUUGCAUUUCAAAACAUCUCAAGGUGUCAAAAGAUUAGAAGGAGAAACACUAAGUCCUGUAUUAGCUCAUAUGAAUGCAACAUUACAAGGUUUAACAACAAUAAGAGCAUUUCGAGUAGAGGAUAUUUUAUCUAGAGAAUUUGAUAAACAUCAAGAUUUACAUACCUCAGCUUCACAUUUAAGUGCGUGUUUGAAUCAAGGAUUCGGGUUCUGGUUAGAUAUAAUUUGUAUCAUUUAUUUAUGUAUUGUAAUAUCAAGCUUUUUGGUAAUGGGCAAUCAUGUCUAUGGUGGAAUUGUUGGUAUAGCCCUUACACAAGUGGUGGCAUUACUGGGUAGGAUUCAAUGGGGGGUAAAACAAUCCACAGCUCUAGAAAACCUAAUGGUACCAGUUGAAAGAAUUUUACAAUACACACAUUUACCACAAGAAGAUACUCUUCACUCUACUACUGUAAAAACGCGGCCAAAAGGGUGGCCUUAUUCUGGUAAAAUUGUUUUUAAAGAUUUUAAUUUACGUUACAGUUCAGAUUCACCAUAUGUAUUAAAAAAUCUAAAUAUUCAAAUUCAGACAAUGGAAAAAGUGGGUAUUGUUGGUAGGACCGGCGCAGGUAAAUCGUCCUUUAUCGGAGCAUUGUUUAGAUUAGCUCUGAAUGAAGGUAAAAUCAUCAUUGACGGUAUAGAUAUACACGAAUUGGAACUGAAUGACCUUAGAUCUAAGUUGUCCAUUAUUCCUCAAGAACCAGUAUUGUUUUCUGGGACAAUGCGAACAAACAUAGAUCCAUUUGACGAAUACCCGGAUCAUGCUCUUUGGAAUGCACUAGAUGAAGUAGAACUCAAAGAGUUCGUAGAAGAAUUGCCCGACGGUCUAAACUCGAAAAUUUCCGCGAGUGGAUCGAAUUUCAGUGUUGGUCAAAGGCAAUUAGUUUGUUUAGCUAGAGCAAUAGUACAAAAAAAUAAGAUACUGAUAUUGGAUGAGGCCACCGCCAAUGUCGAUCCAAUGACUGACAAGUUGAUUCAAAAUACGAUUAGGAGUAAAUUUAGGUUUUGUACAGUACUAACAAUUGCUCACCGUCUACAUACUAUUAUGGACUCCGAUAAAGUACUAGUUAUGGAUUUUGGAAAAAUAAUUGAAUUUGACCAUCCAAAUAGAUUGUUGAAAAACACUGAUGGAUUUUUCUACAAAAUGGUUGAACAGAUGGGAAAGGAUACUGCUUACUUUUUACAUAGUAUGGCAUCUGAGAGUUUUAACAAAAGUCCGGACUCUAGUUGAUGAAGAAAUCUGAACAAUUCAAUUAUUGAAAAUGUUGUUUAAAUAAUAUAGUCAACGUUUCUAAAUAUCAAAUGUAUCGUUAUAGAACAAUUACAUUUUCGUGUCCUUCGUUGUAUAUUUGUCAGCUUUCUCUAGUCCAAACAGCUAUUUAAAAUAAACAAAUAAUUAUUAUUAUUAUUUGAAGUACAUGGUUUACUAUGAAAAUAUUAUAAUAUAGCCUAUAACAUUAUAGAGUA